AUGGGCAUUAAUGGAGCAAUAUCACAAGUUGAUAUGGUCAUGGAAGAGAAUAUUGACUUAGAUGAUCACGUGGUGGACAUGAGUCAAGAAGAUAAACAUGGUGGAAAUAGGUAUCCAAGGGGUCUUAUUGAGGGUUUUUUACAAGCUUUGAGUGAUUGUGAUUUAAUCGAUAUGGAAAUUAUUGGUCAUCCAUAUACCUGGGAGAAGAAUAGGGGAGGCAGUAACUGGAUUGAGGUGCGGCUUAAUAGGGUGUUGAUAAAUUCACGUUGGUUUCGAAAAUUCUCAAAUGCAAAGCUGUAUAAUCGGCAUCACUCAACUUCAGACCAUAGUCCCAUCUUUUUGGAACCUGAAGCUCUGGUUCAAAUGGGAGGCAUCCGUAGUUUCAAAUUCGAGAAUGCUUGGCUCAAAGAACCAAUGUGUUAUGAAAUCAUCCAAGGCUGUUGGGAGGAGAAUAAUGAUGAAGAUUUCUGGUUCAAACAGAAACUUUGUGCCGAGAAGCUUGAAGAAUGGGGAAAAACUAUUACAGGCAAUUUUAAAAAAAGAAUUAAUGCUUGUAAGAGAGAUCUUGAUUUGUUGAAGAAUAGAAGGGAUAAUGCUUCGGUACAGAGAUACAAGGAAGUGAAGAAGCAGCUGCUGAAAAUUAUUGAUCAAAAAGAGACUUUUUGGAAACAAAGAGCGAAGCAAUUAGGAAGGAGACCAAAACACAAAGUUUUUUCAUGCGGCUGCCAAUACGAGAAGAAGAACAAAUGUCAUCCACCAUCUGAAGAAUGA